GCAGAUUUACGCACAAACAAUCAAGUUUUAGGGGGUUUUGAGUGUUGGCUCCGACUCUGUCUAUAUAUGUUAUAUAUAUACACACACAUAAGCAGAGGCAGUAAUUUGGAGCUUUUUUACUAUUAAGAACAAUAAUCAAUCAUCGUUAUCACCUUCUACCACUCUCUCCCAUGGCCGACAACGAGUCCGCAACCGCCUCCACCACCGAUCAGGAAGCAUCGAAGUCUACGGAAACGAAGCGGUGGGCUGAUGUUGCUGAGGAGGAGCAAGAUGUAGCCGAAGCUUCCUCCACAGAACCUAAAUUAGACUCCUUGGCUAUCGACGACUCCAGAUUAGGUCACAGCACGCUCACCGAUCCCGACGACUCAAGCAUUGAAGCUGUUACAUCCGGGGACACUCCAUAUACAUCAGCUAAGAGAUUUGAGGACUUGAACUUAUCACCGGAAUUAUUGAAGGGUCUGUAUGUUGAGAUGAAGUUUGAGAAACCUAGUAAGAUUCAGGCGAUUAGUUUGCCCAUGAUCCUGACUCCUCCAAACAAGAAUUUAAUAGCUCAGGCUCACAAUGGGUCCGGGAAGACAACUUGUUUUGUGCUUGGCAUGUUGAGUCGUGUUGAUCCAAAACUGACAGCUCCCCAGGCUCUCUGUAUCUGCCCCACGAGAGAGUUAGCCAUUCAGAAUAUGGAAGUGCUGCUGAAGAUGGGGAAGUUCACUGGGAUAACCUCAGAAUUAGCCAUACCAGCUGAUCCUGCAAACUAUAUUCCAAUCCAGAAGAGGCCACCUAUUACAGCGCAAGUAAUUAUUGGCACACCUGGUACGAUAUGUAAGUGGAUGUUAGCAAAAAAACUGGGCAUGAGUCAAAUGAAGAUUCUUGUGUUUGAUGAGGCUGACCACAUGUUGGCAGAGAGUGGCUUUCGAGAUGAUUCAGUGAAGAUAAUGAAGGCAAUUGCAAAAGCCAAUUUCAGUUGUCAGGUGCUGCUGUUCUCGGCUACCUUUGAUGAUGCUGUCAAGGCUUUUGUAUCUAAAAUAGUUGAGGAAAUCUUUGUCAGAGAUUAUAACCAAAUGUUUGUCAAAAAGGAAGAAUUAUCGUUGGAGUCUGUAAAACAGUAUAAGGUACACUGUCCUGAUGAGCUUUCGAAGAUCAUGGUGAUUAAGGACCGGAUACUUGAACUUGGAGAGAAGGUGGGGCAGACAAUUAUAUUUGUUCGCUCCAGGAAUAGUGCAGCUAUGCUGCACAAAUCAUUAGUCAGCCUUGGCUAUGAGGUUACUACUAUUCAAGGUGCUCUGAAGCAAGAGGAUCGGGAUAAAAUUAUAAAAGAGUUCAAGGAAGGGCUGACUCAAGUUCUGAUAUCAACUGAUCUUCUAGCUCGAGGCUUUGACCAGAAACAGGUAAAUUUGGUUGUUAAUUUUGAUCUUCCUGUGAGAUAUGAUAGACCUACUGAGCCUGACUAUGAAGUUUACUUGCAUCGGGUGGGUAGAGCAGGACGCUUUGGACGCAAAGGUGCUGUAUUCAACUUGCUUUGCGACGAUAGAGAUGAUUUGAUUAUGGGCAAGAUUGAGAAAUACUUUAACGCCCAAAUAGCUGAGGUGGCCCCAUGGAAUAGCGAGAAGGAAUUUGAGGUCGCUCUAGAGAAUGCAGGGCUACUAUGAGUGUUAAGUUAUGCUGGCGGCUGAUGUUAUUCAAUAUGGAUGUACUCAAUGCUUGCAGUGAAAAAGGGACAUGGCUGUAGAUUAUACUAUUUGUCUUGGCACUAUAGUAUAAUGCAAAAGUGAGAUUGUUUGUGCUUUUCAUUUGUGGGGUUUAAGUUCUUCAUACUGUAUAAUUCUGCCUGCUUUGGAGGCAUCGUUAUUUUAUCUUGAUCAUCUAA